AUGACUGCAGAGACCCUGCAGUACCACACCGUUCCUCAAUCGCUUCAAGACAACAAGCGCUUUGCUCAGACGGUGAAGUUCGGUUUCGACAACUGCGAGGGUGCCAACGCUGACAAGUCUCCCUGGGUGUUGAUCGGCGGGAGCUACGCGGGCGCCCUCGCGGCAUGGCAAUCUGUGAUCACGCCGGGGGUGUUUACUGCCCACCAUGCUUCCUCUGUCGUCAUCCACAUCAUCGAAGACUUUUGGCAGUUUUGGACUCCCAUCGAGCAGACCAUGCCACGGAACUGCUCUGCAGGUGUGAAACUAGUCAUCAAAAAAGUUGACUCCAUUCUAUCAAAGGGUGACAGGCAGGAGAUCGCUGCGAUGAAGAAGGAGUUUGACGUGGCAUUGCUCAACGAUGUCGAUUUCGCAUCCACGCUGACAAAGAUACUGUCAGGCAGCUUCUCUUACGUCUGGGAAUUCUGCAAUCAUAUGGAGAAGAGGAUCAAUAACGAACGGGACGCUCAACAAGGGUCUAAAUGA